AUGAGCAUGGACAAGCAAGUGUACAAUUACCGCCACUCCAGAGCUAGGCGGGUGAUUGAAAACUCAUUUGGCAUCAUGGGUGCGCGGUGGAGAAUUCCUGGGAGGCCAAUCGAGUUCCUGCCGGACAAAGCUGUGGAUGUCGUCAAAGUUUGUGCUGUCCUACACAACUACCUCACCUACACAGAUGAGCAUCCCGCAGACUUUAAACAUAACAUCAGGCCUCUGCUGCUCAGGCACCUUCCAGAGCAUAUCGGCCACUGUCUGGCCAAAUCUGGAGCACUCAUCGGUGUCCUGCAGCAGCUUUUGCUGACACAGGCGACCAGGCUGGCACACAAGCUGGUUGAUUACACACAGCAGGCACAGUUGGUGGCUAGGGGGACACAGACAAUGGCUGUGCAGGUGAGGUGGAUGGCUGGGGGGACACCGAGGGUGACUGGGAAGAUGAAGUGGAUGGCUGGACAGGGGAAGGAGAUGCACAACCUCCUGGAUCCCCAACAGUCCAGAUUCAGAGCCAGGCACUCAACCGAAACGGCACUCCUGGCAGUGACGGAGGCCCUCCACACAGCUGGAGCCUCUGACCUAUCCUCGGUCCUAAUCCUCCUCAACCUCUCCGCUGCGUUUGAUACAGUCAACCACCAGCUGCUCAUCGCCAAGCUCUCGGAGAUUGACAUCUCUGGGACCGCCCUUUCUUGGUUCAGGUCCUACCUGCCCAGUAGAUCUUCCCGGGUUAACGAAAAGAUCUCUGCCUGCGUGGCCGACAUCUCCAGAUGGAUGGCUUCCAGCCACCUCAAGUUCAACCUGGACAAGACCGAUCUGCUGUUCAUCCCGGCCAGGACCUCUCCUCUUCAAGAACUCUCAAUUACUGUUGACGAAACCACAGUAACUUCCUCCACUUUGGUGAAGAGGCUGGGUGUCACCCUCGACAACAGGCUGGACUUCACCGACUACAUCUCACAAACACACUCCUGUCAAUUCCUCCUCUUCAACAUCAGGAGGAUUUGCCCUUUUUUGACCACCUACUCCACCCAGCUGCUCGUCCAAGCCAGCAUGCUCUACCGCUUGGACUACUGCAAUGCCCUCCUCGCAGGCCUCCCAGCCUGUACCAUUCAGCCACUGCAGCUCAUCCCAAACGCAGCUGCUAGGCUGAUCUACAACCUCCCCAAGUUCUCCUGCGUCACCCUCUUGCUGAGAUCGCUCCACUGGCUCCCGAUCGAAGCCAGGAUCCGCUUCAAAACCUUGACUCUCACCUUUUCCGCUGUCCCAACAUACCUCCAGGACCUCAUCCAACCUUAUGCACCUGCUCGACAACUUCGCUCUGCCACAUCUGGACGCCUCACUCCUCCCACCAUCGGAACGAAAGGCCCACGCUCCUCACAACUUCGUUUUUUUGGCAUCGCCCCCCAAUGGUGGAAUGAACUC